UCGUUACCGUCGGCUCAGAGCUUGAUGAGGACGAAUGGGCCCAGGCCGAGUCCAACUUUUCACGGUCUGCCCUUCAAACCGUUCAACUGCGGUGUCUCGCCCAAUGGUAAUCCGUUGUUUCUUGGCUGCACUCACUUGCAUGGAUCGUCGUCCGGCAAUGUCAGUAGUACUGGCAGCAGUACGAGAAUAUCGACGCCAGCAUCGACUCCUACGAGUUUAUUGAGUACCGCCCAAGUGAUACAACAAUUACUGAACGCUCACAAAAAUGGAUUCAAGAUCGACGAGGACAAAUUGAAAUUGUUCAUCGAGAUUCUUGAUACGCAGGAACGAUUUGCUAAGGUGAGUUCAUGUGACCGAGCACGACUCGAAUCAACUUUUGCCGUAAGUACAAUUGAAAGUUGACUGCAUAACUGCCGG